AAGAUAACUUCCUUUUUUUUAGCAUGAAGAUAAAUAAGUGCAAAUCAGACCAAAGAUUUUUCAUCACCUGUGGCGAAUGCCCCCUUCUGAACGAUACCAAUGUGGGCGUUGGCUAUGAGAUUCGCGAGAUGCCGGUUAUUGGAUGUUUUGGCAGCAAAAAUUUAUAUUAGAGACUUCAACCGGAGAUUGUUUACCGUCCUUUCCGAAAAACUACAACGGAAAUGCUCUCUCACUUGGAAGCAUGGAACUGUUCCAAGCGGCAGGAAAUCAGUACCGCACCCAAAUUAUAUUGCCGAGCAGAACGAUACUUUCAUUUUUUUUAACUACUUGUAGUUAAUACAAAGAUCGCACUCUUCUGGAGCAAUUCCAGCGGAUCAAUUGUCUGGACUCAAGUUAAACUACUUGACGGUGGUUCUGUUUGCCUGCAACCUCUGACCUGAAUUCGGAUAAUAUGAGCGUAUUGUUUCGGCGCGGUGAGGCUGGAAUCGGCUGGAGAACUACGAGCUGGCCAUCGACGAUUUGCACCGGGCUCAAGACCAGAUGGUAUGUCGGACAAUCAGCAUUAGGAUUCGUAAUUAAGUAGGUGACCAGAUGGUAUUUUUUAUCAAAAAAUUAACGAAAAUUUUAAGAUUUUGCAGAACAAGGAAAAGCGUGAAUCGAAGGAAAACGCAGCCGAAGCUAAUAAACUAGGCACCAAAAAAACUUUCGGCGGAGGUGCUAAACAAAUGGUGGAUGCAAAAGUUCAGAAGAUCAUGGAUAAAGGAUUUUCGGAAGAUCAAGUAAAUCAUGCUUUGAAGUUAACUAGAAACAAGGUCAAUCGAGCGUUAAGCAAUCUCCAAUAAAUAGAAGAGAGGAAGCAGGUCCAGAAUGACAUUCGUACCGGAAGAACGAAACCACCCGUUAAACCACGCAAACGCGAUUCUGAGUCAGAAUAAUCGGCUAAAGUUUCACUGUUUGAUUUCCUGGAAGAUAUCCUGCCAUGAUAUAUAUGAAGAUAUAUGAUGCCACUAAAUAAAAGAGUUCGAGUAAAGAAUCUACACCUUUCAAUAAAUCAUUGGCUAAUGAAGGCUAUGGUGAUUCAAAUGCAAAUACAAUCAAUAGGACAUCUCAUUCUGCCAGCAAUAAUAAUGUUAGCCAAUACCCGUCGAGCUCAACCUCGCAUUACAAUAAUUCAAGUAAAGGAUAUCAACAGCAACGUUUUGAAAAUAAUAUCUCUAACAGUUUUGCAAACAGGAAUGUCAACCCUACGAAUAAUGGUCAUCCACAUCAUCAACAGCCCUAAUCUCACAACACGAACGCCAAUUCUUCUACUGGUUACAAACAGUCGUCCGACUACAAUACCCCAAGGAAAAUUUAAUUCUUCUUCACAUGGCGAUGGUGGAAAAGGUCAGCAAUCAGGUUAUUAUUACGGUCACGCGGAAAACCGAACCUCCCAAAACUGCAACGGUCAAGCUGAUUCGAGAAAAAAUACAAAUGUCUCGAACUCGACCCAUUUCUCUCAGCAGCAGCAGCAGCACAAUUCGCAACGCGGUCCCUCUCAUAACACGAGCUACGCCACCAGUUCUGGUAAACCGAUUCAAGGUCAACACCAGAAUUCGCACCCCAGCAUUUAUUCCAACCACUAUGCACCGCAAAAUGCAACGGGCAACGGCUCAGUGGUUAUAAUAACUCUAACACUGGUCCUAGUUCCAAGAACCAAAAAACCCAAUAUACUCCAAAGAGGAAGCCCAAUAUUUUUCACAACCUGUCAAUUCUACGCCACCACCGCAGCAGGGAAGGAAACCACCUCCACCCAAGUGCUCCCUGCGAAAUGCAGAAUCUUCGCUGUUUGUAUAAAAGGUUUAAAGUUGUUUCUUGGCCUACUGCCCACCGCCAAAUAGAACAACAAGAACGUCAAUGGCUGAAAUGAUCAGGUGCCUUAUGAUAUUCCGGUCGCAAGAUGUCAUGCUUAUCAGACAACACAUUUCUGGCUUGGGACAAACUUGGGAUUUUUUUUCGGUUUGUCAAAAUGUAUCAUUUGUCAUUCGUAGAGUAAGGCCGGCAUUAAAAGAAUUUAAAGGAUGUUCCGACCAUGCCAACCCAAGCACAAAUAACACUCAGCCUCGACAAUCUGGUGGUAUAGUCACACACCACGACGAUGUAGUCACCCGAUUGAAAAACGUCCAACUGAUAGAACUGGGCAAGUAUCGCAUCAAACCUGGGCAUUAAUAGAAUUCCUACAUAAAAAGCUAGGUUUUGUGAAAUGAGAAAAAAAAACAAAACAACAAUGUAUCAUUGAAUUCAAAAUUAAAUUUUUUCAAUAAAUGUUCACAAAGCAAUGGUUUUCUUUUUUUUUAAUUCAUUCGAAACCUUGAAAAAACAACAACAAAACUUUUGGCAAUCGGCCCAGAAAUGGUCCGAAAAUUCGUCCGGUUUCGGUCCGAAAUCGGUCCUUUUAUUCGUAUGGACGCAUUGGCAAUCGGCCCAGAAACGGUUCGAAAAAUCGUUCAGUAUCGGUCCGAAAUCGGUCCCUUUUUUCGGAUGGACACUAUGGCAAUCGGCCCAAAAACGGUUCGAAAAACUGUUCGGUUUCGGUUCAAAAUCGGUCCUUUAUUUCGGAGGGACCAUGGCCAUCGGCCCAGAAACGAUUCGAAAACUGUUUGGAUUCGGUUGGAAAACGGUCCGUUUGUUUUGACAUUUGAUCUGCUUGAACUGGUUGAAAAAAGUUAUCGUCGUCCGAAAAAGUGUUUCAUUUUCGCGCGAUUUUCUACUAAACUCGGCCCGAUUUCUUAUACGAUUUCGGACCGAUCGAGCAGAUGUACGGACAAAAAUCGGGCCGAUUUCGGGCGAUUUUUCCU